AUGACGACUGAAUUGACACAGGAAGAGAUGGAUGCCGUCAUCUACGACGCUCGUGAAGGUGAUUUGCAAACAUUGAAGGAAAUAUUUACAGAAAUACUGCCCCAGCUAUUGACAACAAUCAAGGACGACAUAACAUUAAGCACCCCCGUACACAUGGCUGCUGGAAAUGGCCAUUUCGAGGUUGUUAAAUACCUUUUGAGUAUCCUUCCCAAAGAAGAAGCCAAGCAAAUAGCAUCAAAACCCAACGAAAGCGGCAAUACUCCUUUGCAUUGGGCUGCCUACAAUGGCCAUUUGGACAUUGUCAAGCUUCUUUGCGAAGAAUACAACAGUGAUGUCUUUGCAAAGAACGCCGUAGGCCACGAUCCAAUGUUCGAGGCAGAGAACAAUAAUCACAGUGAAGUUGAAAAUUGGCUUUUAAAUAAGUAUGCUCCCGAAAAUGCGUUCAAGGUGGAGGAAAAUGGCGAAGAUACAAAGAUUACUUAUACUCCAGGAGAUGUUAGCAGAGAGGCCGACGAGGCUGCAAAAAAGGCUCAAGAAGACCAAAGCAAAAAUUCUCAAAAAAACGGUGGUAAAGAAGCUGGUAAUGCCACUGACACUAUUACCCAGCAGACGGAGAAACUCGACAUCAACUAG